ACCCAUUUUUGCAUCAAAUGCACCACACAUAAGAGUCGGAGUAAGUGAGAAGGGAGGGCGAGGGAGUGUGACCAUGAGGGAUCCGAGCAACUCAGAAGCUGCUUCGGAAAGCAGCAGCACCUCUCCAUCCUCCUCCUCCUCGCCGUCCCCGCCGUCCCCAUCGUCCGCUUCCUCCGGGAACCUGAAAAUUCAGAAGGCGGCGCUCCUCCACCAGAAGCCCCAACUGGCGGAGGAGGACGAGAGCAAGAGGAAGAAGGCGAAGGACAGCAAGCACCCCGUGUACAGGGGGGUGAGGAUGAGGAACUGGGGGAAAUGGGUGUCGGAGAUCCGCGAGCCGCGGAAGAAGUCGAGAAUCUGGCUGGGGACGUUCCCGACGCCGGAGAUGGCGGCGAGGGCGCACGACGUCGCGGCCUUGAGCAUCAAGGGCGCCGCGGCGAUACUCAAUUUCCCCGAGCUGACGUCCUCUCUGCCCAAGCCAGCGACAUUAUCCCCUCGAGACAUACAGGCGGCCGCUGCAGCGGCGGCUGCCAUGGAACCGGCAGCCUCGGCCGCCGCUGCCGCGGCAGCGGAUGCCGAUGACUUCCAUGUCAUCAGCGGAGAGGAGGACCUCAUUGAGCUUCCUUCGCUCAGUGGGAGUUGCUCCCCUGCAUUGCAGGUUUCCUAUCAGUCCGUAAUUGAGGACGAUUUCUUCCUCGAUUUGCCGGCUGACUUCUCCAUGGCUGAAUCCAUGUCUUCCUGGUACUGGAACCCGAGCGACUUUGGGUCCGUUGAUCAAAUGGUGGCAAAGGAAACUGGUCUCGGUGUUGUGGGCAACGGUAAUUUCGAGGCUUUGUUAUGGGAUUACUAGCAACAUAAACCUCCAACCUUGUCCAAUCUCUCUCUCUCUCUUUCUCUGUUGAUUUUCCUUCUUCUUUAUUCCAAGUUUUGUGUUUGUGGGUACUCCAUUUUCAUUGAGGCCCAUCUGUUUAUGUUUCUGCUUGUUUGAGUGAAACUGUACAGAUUUGAAUGGAGAAAAAAAAAAGGAAAAAAAAGUCCUUGUUUGUGCAAAAUCUUUGCUCUUUUCGUUUACUGCUUUGAGAGAGAGAUGAUGUUUGUGAACAGAAAUUCUCAAUAAUCGAGAGAGAGAGAGAGAUGGUACUUGACAGAAUACAUUCUCCAUUAUUGGAGCUUUGAUC